AACUAAUGGCGGAAGGAUUAUUGACCAAUUAAAUGGGUAUCUACAUACCGUGUUUUCAGUGUAAACUUGGAAUUGCACAUUACAAAACGUAUCUUUGUAAAUAACACUAUCUAAUCGAAUUGUAUAAUAUAUGCAAGCAAAAAGCAAACACGUCUACCUAAUAGCAUGCUAGAUGCCUCUGACUACCCGUCUAAUGUUUGUCGCUCUUAAAAUAUCGAAGCAGAAUCACUGCUUGCAAACCUACAAUUGGGAUUAGCUAGCAACAGUAGCCAACUGGCUACGCCCAGAAACCCAGCUAGCUAAUCUGACAGUAAACAUUAAACAACAUUGUAGUUUUUCACGGUCAUGACAAGGGUGCACCCUACAAAUCAACUGGUCUAAUCGCGUUCUACAAUUCCCCUAGUAUUUUGAAAAACACUUGUUGGUUGUUGUACAAGGCUGUUUCGUUUGUACUGUCAGCUGUCGCGUUAAUAUCUACAGUAGCGGGCUAUAUUUACUAGCUUUAGCUUUAUAGCUAGUGAAGUUAAUAGCGACUGCAUAUCCACACACUAGUUAAUUUUUGCCAGCUGUGCUCUUUUGCAAGUCCAUUCUAAGAUGUCCACAGAUAUUGAUUUUUUACGUGAUCAAGUUCAAAGGCUGAACUCCGCCUUGAGUCAUUAUCAAGAUGGACACCGCUCUCACACAUCAUCCACAGUACAGUGUCAUGGCUCCUCUCGUAGCGGAGUAUGACCGACACAUGGAUGAGAUGACUGGACAGCUGCAGCGCUACCAGGUGCAGAUGACUGAUGUGAAACUGAAGCUGGACAGGGUCGUGAAGGAGAACGAACGGCUGCACGCGGAGCUCAGGGAGUCGGUGGAGAGGCAGCUACAGGCCCUUCCAGUGGGACCGGGGGCAGAUGAGGACGCGCUGGGGGAUGACGGGGUUGUCAAGAACCUGCAGGAACAGAUCCAGCUCUCUGUACAGGAGCGGGACAAAGCCAUGGAGCUGUGGCAGGAGUCAGCCCAGGAGCUUGACCGGCUACAGCAGCUCUACCAGAGGACCACCUCUGACGGACAGCUCUAUGUUGCUGAGCGACAGCGCCUUAAGGAUCAACUAAUACAAUUCCAGCAGCACAUCCGGAACCUCCAGAUGGCCAAUCAGAAACUGGAAUCAACCAACCAGCAGUUCCUGAAGACGCUGACGGAACAGGGCAGCGAGAUGGAGGAGCUACGCAACCAGCUCAGGCAAGCCAAAGCGGACCUGAGGAUAGCCACAGCCAAAGUGGAGGAGAUGACCCGCCUGCUGCAGAACGUUCAUGGGCAGAUCCAGAGGAGGGAGGACGACGCGGCAGAGGCUCAGGGGAGAGAGGAGGCCUCAGAUCGACGUCUCCAGCAUCUCCAGUCAGCCCUGGGCCAACUAGAAGCCAGGUUGAAGGCCGCCAGUCAGGAGGCGGAGGGCGUCCGCAGGGAGCAGGCUGUGUGGGAGAGACAGGUGGGGGAACUGCAGAGCCGCUGCGCCUCCCUGGAGGAGGAGCGAUACGAGGCCUUCUCCAAGAUCCGAGACUCCACCCAGCUGGCGGAGGAGGCCUCGCUUCAGAAGGACCAGGCCCUACUGAGAGAGAAGCAGAAGACUGAGGAAGUGGAGAAGAUGAAGGAGGCCAUCAGACAGCUGAUCCAGGACGCAGCCGUACGCACCAGAAAAGAGGUAGAGAAUGUGCGUAAACAGUGUAACGCACAGAUCCAUCGAAUGGCUGAGGAGUUGUCUGCCCUACAGCUGGAGUGUGCAGAUAAAGAGUCCCAGAUCGAGAGGUCGCUGAGGGAACGUAAAGCUGUGGAGGAGGAACUAGAAAAGGUGUAUCAGGAGGGUCGAGGGGAGCCAGAGUACAGGAAGAUUGAGGCGCUUCACCAGAGGUGUCUGAAUGCUGAGAGGCUGAAGGACGACAUGAACAUCACCCUGCAGAGCACACAGAACCAGCUGAAGAAAAUGGAGAUGGACUACACUGAGGAGUUAUCCCGGUGCCAGGAGGAGGUGCUGAGGCUGCAGGGGUCUCUGUCUGCGGCCAGGGAGGACUGCAGCGGAGUCAGCGAGGAGCGUCUCCAGCUUCAGCAGGAGAACUUGCAGCUCCGCCGGGAGAUGGAGGAGCUACGCAAGGCCUCGCUGCUCGCCCAGAGACAGGCCAAACAGCAGGUCUCUCAGAUGGAGCAGGAGUAUUCCCUGAAGGAGCAGGGCCUGGACGCCCGGGUCAGAGAACUCGAGGAGAACAGCAGGAGCUCCAGUGCUGACCUCACCCGUCUCCUCUCUGCCCAGCAAAAGACCACCCAGCGCUGGAAGGAGGAGGCCAAGAGCUUGACCCACGCCUUUGAGACAAAACUCGCUAGUCUGAAGGGAGAGCUGAAUCGCCAGAAGCAGCGUUGUCAAGAGCUGGAGAUUCAGCUACAGGGAGACCAUGAGACCAUAGUAGAGUAUGAGCGUCAGAUGGCAGAGUACCAGGAGAAGAACAGUCGUCUACAGAGGCGUCUGACACAGGCAGAACAGAGGGCAACUUCAGCUUCACAACAGCUAAAUAUAAUGACUUCACAGAGAAGGAAAACGGCAUCCACUGCAGACCUGGAGUCUCUUUAGCUGUGACUGUGCCAACAACUUCUGUAUAGCCAAUGUGUGCUAAUAUGACUUUGCACUUGGAUAUUUGUUAUAAUAAAACAUUUAAAUUCA